AUGUCCCGCCAAAUCAACCUCCCCUCCAACCAGAUCAAGCUCACAAACGUCUCCCUCGUGCGCCUGAAAAAGGGCAAGAAGCGCUUCGAAAUCGCCUGCUACAAGAACAAGGUCCUCGAGUGGCGCUCCGGCAUCGAGACGGACCUCGACAACGUCCUCCAGAUCCCAAACGUCUUCCUCAACGUCUCCAAGGGCCAGACGGCGCCCAAGGAGGACCUGGAAAAGGCCUUUGGCAAGGGCAAGUCCACCGACGACAUCGUCCUCGAGAUCUUGAAAAAGGGGGAGCUACAGGUCGGGGAUAAAGAGCGCGCGGCGCAGCUCGAGAGGGUGCAUAAUGAGGUCAUUAGCAUCGUCGUCAGUAAACUGGUCGAUCCGCGGACGAAGAGGGUGUACACGCCGGGCAUGAUUGAGAAGGCGCUCGACAUGCUGAGCUCGCAGGCUCACAACAACAACAAUAACACGGAGAAAUCGACGGACUCGGGCGCCGCGACGCCCACAACGGGGGAGGCUGGCGAGGCCAAGCCCAAGACCAAGGAGCACACGUGGACGGGUGUGACCACGACCAAGAGCGCAAAGAGCCAGGCCCUGGACGCGAUGAAGGCCCUCAUCGCGCAUCAGCCCAUCCCCGUCGCGCGGGCCAGGAUGAAGCUCCGGGUUACGUGCCCUACCAACGUUCUCAAGCAGGCUGUCAAGGCGCCCAAAGCCGCGGCGAAGGAGGAGGAUGACGGCGGCGAGGCCAAGGCGCCCGGGACGGUCAAGGAUCGUAUUCUGGGAUACGUUGAGCAGGUGGAGAGCCAGGAUGUCAUGGGCUCAGAGUGGGAGGUUGUGGGCUUUGUUGAGCCGGGUGCUUUCAAGGCCUUGUCUGAUUUCAUUGGCAAUGAUACCAAGGGACAAGGAAGAGUCGAGGUUUUGGAUAUGGCGGUCACGCAUGAGGAUUGA